CCCAACCAAUUGUACUGUGGCCGGAUGGAAGAGCCCAGCUGACACAGCCCAGCUGAGUCUCAGGAAGCUUGGGGUUGACUUCUUUUACUUCAGGAAAGCCCGAACUCCAUUAAUGCACUAUUUGAAGCAUGGCCUGAAUAGAUUCAGUCAUUAUUGAGUCAAAUUAAAUACAGUGAAACAAAGAUUGCUACCAUCAUCAAAUCGAAAAAAAAAUCUGAAGACAUAAGGACUACCACAAGGAAGAUGUCAUUUCGUAUCCCUUUUUGAUCAGCACAGAAGACAGAGUGAGAAGUUACAGUGUAACAAUGACAACUACUUCAGCUGGAAGCUGGCCUUGCUCCUCCCACAGAGUGCACUUUCAAACUAAUUACAGUGACCAAGACUCAAGAAACUUCUCAGGAAUGCCAAAUGAUACUGAUACUAGCUGUCCCAUGGAUGAGAAAAUAUUAUCUAAAGUAUUAGCAACAUUUUACUCUAUUAUCUUCAUCGUGGGACUUGUUGGGAACAUAAUUGCCCUCUACGUAUUUCUGGGUAUUCACCGCAAAAGAAAUUCCAUUCAAAUCUACCUGCUUAAUGUGGCUGUUGCAGACCUUCUACUCAUUUUCUGCCUCCCUUUUCGAAUAAUGUAUCACAUUAACCAAAACAAAUGGACACUAGGUGUGAUCAUUUGCAAGGUUGUGGGAACAUUAUUUUAUAUGAACAUGUAUAUUAGCAUUAUUUUGCUUGGAUUCAUCAGUUUGGAUCGCUACAUAAAAAUUAAUCGGUCUAUACAACAACGGAGGGCAAUAACAACCAAACAAAGUAUUUAUAUUUGCUGUAUAGUAUGGACAGUUGCUCUUGUUGGAUUUUUAACUAUGAUUGUUUUAACACUUAAGAAAGAAGGGCACAACUCUACAAUGUGUUUCCAUUACAGAGAUAGGCAAAAUGCAAAGGGAGAAGCAAUUUUUAACUUCAUUCUUGUGGUAAUGUUCUGGCUGAUUUUUCUACUAAUAAUUCUCUCAUAUAUUAAGAUUGGCAAGAAUCUAUUGAGAAUUUCUAAAAGGAGAUCAAAAUUUCCAAAUUCUGGCAAAUAUGCCACUACUGCACGGAAUUCAUUUAUUGUUCUGAUAAUUUUUACUCUAUGUUUUGUUCCCUAUCAUGCCUUUCGAUUUAUCUACAUUUCUUCACAGAUAAAUGCAUCAUCUUGCUACUGGAAAGAAAUUGUUCAUAAAACCAAUGAGAUCAUCCUGGUUCUUUCAUCUUUCAAUAGUUGCUUGGAUCCAGUCAUGUAUUUUCUGAUGUCCAGUAAUAUUCGCAAAAUAAUGUGUCAACUUCUUUUCAGAAGAUUUCAAGGUGAAGCAAGCAGAAGUGAAAGCACUUCAGAGUUUAAACCAGGCUAUUCCUUGCAUGAUACAUCUGUGGUAGCUAAAAUGCAGUACAACUGUAGAAGCACCUGAGGCCAGCAUAGUAAAAAAGAAAUAUACAAUCCUGCAUCUUCAUCCCUCAAAGAUCUAAAAUGUGAUGAAAUAAGACGUUGAAUGUAUGAAAUUCACAUCUCCUCAAAGCUGCUUAUAUAUAUGAUAUUUUUUUUGCUUCAAUGCAAAAAAAGUUCAAGGCAAAGAGAAGCUUACACUCAUCACUAGAUUUAAAAUCUGAAUGUAACAAUCUCAAAAUAUAUUGGUAAGCUAACACUUUAACACGAAUUAUGAAGUUAAAUGAAAUUUCUGGCUUUAACAACAAGAUUAAAGUUAGUGUCAAUGUUUCUCAGUCACUAAAAGUAGUUACUAAAAGCAACCACUUAGUACUAAUUUUAAAGUAUGUUUAAAAAUAAAGUGAAUUGAGAAUUGAUUUGAAAUGUCAAAAAAGGUAUCUAGACCAGGCUCCGGUAGCUCACUCCUCUAAUUCUAGAUAUUUAGGAGGCUGAGAUCGAGGAUGAAGGUUUGAAGCCAGCAUGGGCAGGAAAGUCUGUGUGAUUCUUA